AUGGUGCGCGUGCCCGGAUCUUCUGGUGACUCGGGAUUUCACCGUGAGUCCCAAGAAGAAGUUCGAGUGAAGAAGGAACAAGGGGAUCAAGCGUCUUCGGAAUCGGGAUCGACGACGACGCUGCUGAAUGAAACAAGAUCCACGGAUCGGCAGAGUGCAAGGAGGACCUCUAUCGGCGGAACCGAGGUGGAUCCAGACAUGGAUCCAGAAGAGAAACCUCAACCUCCUCCACAGGUCCCUUCAGGGACCCCGGUGAUUGCGACGAAAACCCAGACGAAGAAGACCGCUACGAGAAGGAAGAUGAAGGCCCCGGAGCUGGAGGACGAAGAUCCAGAAACCUCGGCCCAGGAUGGAUCCGAGGCAUCAUGGAUCCGUCAUCACGAGAAGCAACUACGCAGCUUUCUGACAGUGGAUCCAAUUAUGCAGAAGUUCGGCGUGAAGCAGAUCGGAGCCCUACAGGGACCCUUGACACUUCCGGCAGCCGUUAAGCGUCCAGGAAUCUUGGCAGAGAUGGAACGCUUGAUGCAGCUUCUGAGGGAUGCCGGUCUCGUGGCUGGAGCGUUCGACGCGUCAGUGAUGUACGAGAUCGAUCCAAUCCAACUCCGUGCCACGACGGAGAUGCUGUUCAACCGGCUGAAGGAUGUCGGACGUCGUCACCUUAUGUGUCGGCUGGUCGGACACGUCUUCGGAGCCGCGACGCAUGUCACUUGGACCAUCGGGAGCCUCGAUGCUACGCGCCCGAGCCCAGAUCCAACGUGA